GAGUUCUUCGCGCUGCCGCCCAUCCCCGCCAAGCACCUCGCUCCGUACGGGGUCGCGCUGGACGGGGUGGAGGGCGAGUCGCUCCUGCUGCCCCAGGUGGUGGCGCUGCCGAUGGGCUUCAGCUGGGCCUUGCACCUCUGCCAGACGGUGCUGGAGGCAUCGUUGGGCCGUGCUGGGUUCCCUCAGAGUGACCUCAUCCUCGACGGCCGCUGCGGCUGCCAGCUCACGAGCGACUUGGACUCGGUCGCGGGCGCUGGCUAUGUGGACAACUACUUCGUCCUCGGCGGCUCCCCAAAGGUUGUGAGCGAGCGGCUGCAGGCCAUCGCCGACGAUCUGACGCGCCACGGGCUCACCGUGCACGAGCUCGAGCCGCCCUCCCAGGACCGCGACUUUCUGGGGCCAUCGCUGCGCGAGGGGCGCUGGCUCAGCCUCAGGGCGCGCAAUAUCUGGCGGCUGCGCGCGGCCAUCCGCGCCACGCUUCGGAGGCAGGUCAUCAGCGGCUUCUUGCUGCGUGUCCUGACCGGCCACAUCACCUGGGCGCUGCUGCUGCGAAGGGAGCUGCUGUGCAUCCUCGGGGCCACCUACGCCUACGUCGAGGCCACUGGGCCAGUAGCGUCACCGCUUUGGCCCGCUGUCCGCCGUGAGCUGCAGCUAGUCCACGACCUGCUGCCGCUCUGCAUUGCUGACCUUGGUGCCCCGCGGCGCGGGCGAGUUGCUUGCACGGACGCCUCGCCAUUUGGGCUGGGCGUCGUCGCUCGCCGCGCCCCAAAGGACUGCGUGGGCACCAUUGGUAGAGUUGCUGAAAGAUGGAGGUACAAGGGCGACUUCGGGGUGAGUACUCAGCUCGUCGGGGAUGUCAUCACCGAGGGCCUGCCGUUCGAGGGCGUCUUGGGAGAGGCCUCUGAGGGCCCGGUCGGGCUGCAGCUACCGAGGGCUCCUAGGGCCACCGACAAGUCGAUCAUGGACAUGAGGCCCGUGGUGGACUUCGACGAGGUCCCGCCCCACUUCAUCCGUGGGCCCGCCUGGGGCUCCGUCGCCGCCGUGUACAUCAAGGGGAGGGCCGACAUCCUGGCCCUGGAGGGGGAAGCGCUCGUCCUUGGGCAUCGGCACCUCCUGAGGUCCACAUCCGCAUUCGGGUCUCGGUUCCUCAUCCUCUCCGACAACCUGCCACUCGUCUUGUCCGUCGGGAAGGGCCGGGCCCGCAGUAAGCACCUCCAGAGCACGCUUCGCAAGAUCUGCGCGCUCUCCGUGGCCACUGGCUCAACCUUGGCAGUGAGAUGGAUACCCUCGGAGGCCAACCCCUCCGACGCGCUCAGCCGCGGGCGCGCUGGCUGGUUCUCUGGCAGUCGGCCUGCGCCGCUGCCCCCUGGUGGCGGGCUGCUCGCCCAUGCGCGGGCGAGCCGUGCGAAGGCGCUAGCGGCGGAGACGGCCGCGGUGGCGGGGCUGUCGCUGCUCGAGCGGCUGGCGGCGAGGAGCUCGACGGCGCGCCUCUACCAGGGGGCUCUCACCAGCUUCGUCGGUUUCUGUGUCGAGCGCCGCCUGGACUGGGCGACCCACUCGGGCCUGGACGACACGCUGGUGAGGUACAUGGACAACGAGUUCCUCCUCGGCGGCGGCGGCAACCAAGGGAACGUCCUCUUGGCGGCGGUGGCGCACUUCCUCGGCUCGUUCCACAAGCGGACUGCGCUGCUGCUGCCGAGGGCUCACCGCGCAGCCGCGGCGUGGGCGCGGCGCGCACCAGGGCGCACCCGGCUGCCACUGCCGCGUCGCGUGGUGUUCGCCUUGGCUGGCCUCCUGGUUCACGACGGGUCUCCACGGCUGGCCAUCUGCAUCCUCGUCAUGUUCGCCUCGUACCUCAGGCCUGGGGAGGCAGCGAAGCUGCGCGGGCGGCAUCUGAUACCGCCGUCGGAGGCGGCGGGCGCCGGCUACCAGUUCUUCGGGCUGCUCCUGCACGAGAGCGGGCAGGAGCCAGGCAAGACGGGCGUGAACGACGAGAGCAUCCUCUUCGAUCGCGAGGCAUGGCUCAACCCGCUGCUGCACGCUCUGAAGCAGUCCACGGCGCCGUCGGAGCCGCUGUGGGGCCAGGAGGUGGACCGACUGAGCGUGCUGUUCGCUCAGGCCUGCCGUCGGCUGUCGCUGGAUCGGCUUCGCCCGCACUUGCACAGCUUGCGCCACGGGGGAGCCUCGGACGACAUGCUCUCCCAGAGGCGCCAGCUGGGCGAGAUCCAGCGGCGCGGCCGCUGGCGGACAGCCAAGAGCCUGAACCGCUACACGAAGGAGACCAAGCUCUUGGACGAGCUCGCCUGGAUCCCGCCCGAGGUGAUGGAGCUCGGGGCCUUCGUCGAGAGCAACCUGGAGGCGCUGGUCGGCGGCUGCCUGCCCAACUGGCUAGCGACUGGCCGCGUCCCAGCCGCCGCCGCGUCGCUCUUCCGCCCGCUGCCUCAGGGAAGGCAGCCGGCCGCCAGAGGCCUGGCCCUCAGGCGCCGCCCCGUGCUGGAGCUCUUCUGCGGUGCCGGCAGGAUCGCCGAGGCGCUGCUUGCCCGCGGCGUCGCCGCGUUUGGGCUCGACUGGCAGCGCAGCCCACUGGAGGAUCACGUGCUGCCUGCCUUCAUCGCCACCGUCGUCGGCUGGAUCCG